UCGCGUUUAAAGCCUACUUUUUCCCCUUGUUUCUCCAACACCCUCAGUCGCUCCCGUGGGAUCUGCCUUUCUGUCUCUGUCCCUGCUUUGACGGCGUUGGGGAUUAUUGUGAUACCCGCGAUACUGAGCGCGAGCAUUGUGAUGUCAGGCGCACGUACCACCUUUUGACUUUUCUCGUCAUUGGCCCAGCUCACCACCUACACACAUCUUCAGUCUCGCCAGUUUGUCUCCAACGCGCGCAGUCUCAGCUACCUCUUGGGGAGCACCGCUUCAAAAUGUCGGACAGCCCUACUAGGAAUCCUGAGCAAAAUAUUCAGGACGCCAGGGUUCUUUCCGAACAUCUGGACCCUGGCUUCACAGCCGAAUUCGAUGGCACCACCCCCGAAACCGUCGGGGAAGGCACUUCUUCCAAGUCCGCUCCGGAAUUAACAGCCGAAUCGUCGCUACGGCUGCAAGGCGGCGACAUACACCGGGAUCUGUACCGCAUCCAGGCCAAUGCCAGGCGAGUCAAGCUCCAUCAGCGAGCGAAGACGUUCUCGCAUCCUACGGAAUACGAACCUUCCGAGGUCGACCAUGACGAGCUGCCUGUUCCCGAGCAGUUGGCGCCCGGAGGUUUCAGAAGGCAGUUCCUACAGCGGCAGAGCGACCGUGUCAGCUACAUCGCUGCACCAGUCACAAGGAACUUCGUCUCUUUCCUGGAGCUGUACGGGAGCUUCGCCGGAGAAGAUCUUGCCGAAUCCGAAGAUGAGGAGGCUAUUGAAGACGAGGAGGCUGCUGAGGAGGGCGAACGACGACCGCUGCUUGGACGCAGGCGAAGCACCAAAAGACCUGGGCAGCAAGGAGACGCUUCAAACGUCCAGUCCUUCUUCACUCUACUGAAAGCAUUCAUCGGCACCGGAAUCAUGUUCUUGCCGAAAGCAUUCAAAAACGGUGGAAUGCUCUUCUCCUCUAUCACCCUCGUCACAGUGGCUGCGGUCACUAUGCUGUGCUUCCAUUUACUCCUUCAAUGUCGAUCGCGAUAUGGCGGCGGGUAUGGAGAGCUCGGACACGCUGUUGGAGGUCGGAGGCUGCGGUCACUCAUCCUCACUUCCAUCACUAUAUCACAGAUCGGGUUCGUUUGCGCAGGAAUGAUCUUCACGGCAGAAAACUAUUCCUCAUUCCUCGCUGCUGUCACGCGGGGAAAGAACAUCCCACUCUCCACGAACGUUCUCAUCGGUAUCCAAAUUGUCGCGCUCAUUCCGAUGUCUUUCAUCCGGAACAUAUCAAAGCUCGGGCCUGCGGCACUUCUCGCGGACGUCUUCAUCCUAAUUGGUCUGACGUACAUAUACUGGUACGAUGUCUCCUGGCUUGCCCAGAUGGGCGGCUUCCACGAGACGGUUCGCCUCUUCAACCCGCGAGACUUCACGCUCACGAUUGGCUCGGCGAUCUUCACCUUCGAGGGUAUUGGCCUGAUCCUUCCUAUUCAGUCCAGCAUGAAGCAUCCGGAAAACUUCAACAAGCUGCUUUUGAUUGUGAUGCUCAUCAUCACUGUCAUCUUCACCUCGGUCGGCGUCCUCUGCUAUGGUACCUUUGGCGAGCGCGUCAGUGUUGAAGUCAUCACCAACUUCCCGCAGACCAGCAAGCUCGUCAACGCAGUCCAGUUCCUGUACGCUACCGCGGUCAUGGUCGGAGAACCCGUUCAGCUCUUCCCCGCCAUCCGUAUCAUUGAAGGGAAGAUCUUCGGUCACCGCUCAGGCAAACAGAGCUCCCUCACCAAAUGGAAGAAGAAUAUUUUCCGGACUUCAAUUGUUCUACUGGCAGGGCUCAUUUCUGCUGUCGGCGCGAGCGACCUGGACAAAUUCGUAGCGCUGAUUGGAAGUUUCGCCUGCGUGCCGUUGGUGUAUAUCUAUCCGGCCUACUUGCACUUCAAGGGUGUCGCGACUUCGGCACUGGUAAAAGCCGGUGACAUCGCCAUGAUGGUCAUUGGCGUUUGCGCCAUGGUUUACACGACCAGCAUUACGGUUGCUCGAUCUCCACCGCGGCCCGACAAUACGUGCCCGCGGGCAGCGAAACCUGCGACUCGUCUACAACGAAAAGAAGCCUUCCUCGCAAACUCUCUCAUCCCCUGCAUUCCUAUCGAAGUAUCCACCACCACCACCACCACCGAAACCACCCCUACACCCCGCCCUGACGUCGGCCCAUCCAACUGCCCCAUCUGUCUCGAUGUCCUCUCCCCAAACCCCAAAGCAGUCUUCAUCCGCAAAUGCCAUCACGCCUUCCACGAAGUCUGCCUCAAGCUCUGGCUCAAGAAGCACAACACUUGUCCUACUUGCCGGCAGGGGCUGUUCAGAGUACCUGAGAGACCGCCGGGCCCUCUCUUGUACGGUGGUCAGAGGCUGAGUCCGUUGGGGUUGUGGGCGAUGGUAGGAUCGUUGGAGGAGGGGAUGGAGGAGGCGCGGCAAAGGCCCGGAAGUGAUACUGAGAGGAGACGAGAAAGAGGUAAUGAAGAGCAGGAUGAUACGCGAGGGGAAGGUGGAGCUAAAGAGCUUACCUACUUGCAUAAAAAUACUGGGCAGUCUCUCUUUGAAGCCCUAACUCUUUAUAGUGACUUGAUACCUAAUUUGUGUGCCUGCCUGCCAAUUCGACGCAACAGGGUUAAAUUAAUCGUGUACCAAAGCCAAUCGCUAGUUCCAUUAUCCACUGUCCUAAGGUUUAACGAAAAGAACAAGCCGAGCAGCAAAACCGACACUACGAAACAGCUUACAGUUAAACGGGUUAUACUCAAACAGGGAUUUGUCCCCAUAGCUAGCAGGCCCGGUGCUCCUCUUGCUCUCGUAACCUCCCAUAGAUACUAUGACUCUAAUACAUCGUCAAACCUUUCCAGGGAUAAAGAUUGGCCACUAGAGAUAUCUAACCCAAAGCCGCCCUCAAUUCUAGCCAAGAGAGAAAUGUCUCAGCAAAUAGGCAUGUGUGUAGAUAAGAAUGCGCUCUUAGUUCAGCCCGUAACGAAGUACAAAGGAAUGAGAAAGAGCAGCUUUGUCCCACCGGAUCCAGUGGAUAUUCUGCGCCACAUGUUACAGAAGGUACAGGAACGUCAUGGUGACAGAUACGGCGGCUAUUUAAGGUCGCAUUUUCAAGACGAUAUCAUGCAGAAGAUGGAAAAUAUUUUGUGUCCCCAAGCAUGGGGCAUAUUACGUUCAAAACCAUACACUCGCGAUAGUCUCCUGGCCAUCGAAGACUCAAGAACCAUAGAGAUCCGAAAUAUUAAGCACGGAAUCGAAGUCUACAUUACUACGUCUGGGACCUAG